AUUUAACGUUACUGUCAUUUAGCGUUACUGUCAUUUAGCGUUACUGUCAUUUAGCGUUACUGUCACGGCUCAGAAUGAUUGACAGGCUUCUAGCCACGCCCCCUAGGGCACAGCAUUCAUCCAAUCCGAUGGACUUGACUCAAGCGCCAGUGUGUUGGCGUAGACUGAGAAGGAGCGAUGGCGAGCAAUAUUAGCAUAAACGAGGUGGAUUAUUUAGCCUAUUUGCGUCCCAGAAAAGUCGUUGGAGUGAGUUUCUCUUUAAAUAAGGAAAGCUCCCUGUCUUUGGAGGAAGAUCUCUCUCUCUCCUCGCUCCUCCGGACCUGAGCGUUGGUUCUGGUUCUGCUCCAGGACUGCAGCUCCCCUCCAGGUGUGUAACUGGGUGUGUGUCUCAGGUGGUCCACCCUGUUGCAGUAUUAUGCAGCAUGAGUCUGCGGGGCCCUCGCCAGUGUUUCUGCUCUGUGAGCGAAGAGCCGGCCUGACGUCCCUGGAAGCUUGCGGCUCUCAGAACUUCGCAGAGACUCUUCCCACGGAGAUGAGCGUGAGGAUCUUCAGAGAGCUGGACGCAGAAAGCCUGUGCAGAGCCUCCAGGACGUGCAAACUGUGGCGCUCCAUCAUCGAUGACAGCGAGCAGCUGUGGAGGCAGCAGUGCAUGCUGGUCCGGGCCGUCUGUCGCCGGGAGGUGGACAGCGACCGCAGCGACGGCCUCUCCUGGAAGGUGACCCUGCUGAGGAACUACAGCCGCAGCCGGGUGAAGGCGGCCUGGCUAGCCGGCCGCUACAGCGGCGUGCGCUCUGCAGACGAGCUGCUGGGCAGCAAGAUGGCGCCGCUGGACGCAGAGACCUGGGGGGAGAUCCUGCAGGCGGAGCUCGACAGAUGAAGAAGAGGAUGAUGAGGCACUUCUCCCUGAUUUUGACUCUAACGUGUUUUUUUCUCUGAGUUCACUUUAAUGCAACACAGAUAACUGUAUAUAUAUAUUUAAUGUUUUUUAAAGAAAUCUGAUCAUGGUGGAUGAAUUUGGUGUAAAUAUAUGUGAGCUGGAAGUUUA